AUGGGUGGCAGCGCCACGGCGGUGGCCGACGCCGACGCCACGGAGGGCGUGCCGGUGUCGGUGGAAUCAGUGGCGGUGGCCGGGGAGGGGGAGACAGUAGUGGUGAAGAAGAGGGGGACGGCCGAGGGCGUGGUGGUGGACGUCCUCAUCGAAGGCAUGCUCAUGGAAGCCAAGGGCAAAAAUGGUACCGAUCCAGUUGCUGAAGCCAUUGUAGACGCCUUGGCCGAUGGAGAGCUGGAGCCGAUCGUCCGUGGCAUUGCUGAGACAGUGGAACAGCCUUGCCCUCCCAACACUGAGUACGCGGCGUGUCCAGUCCCAAAAGCGGCCGAAGCCUUGGCAAAGGCCUUCAACAUCUCCCAAACUGAGGGAUACGAAGAGGCGUUUGCAGUGCUCACGGCACUUGGCAUGGCUGAGGGUGGCAGAGUUGCAAAGGCGUUUGCCAUCGCUGCUUCCUCGAUCUAUGCUAGGAAUGGCUGCUCGAGUCUCAAGAUCGCAUUGGAAGCUGCAAGAAGCUUUGCUAUAGAGGACGGCAAUGAGCGAUCGUUUGCCAAUGCCCUGGACUUCGACGACGACCUCAUUGGAUGCAUUUAUGGGGUCUGCACCAGCGCAACGUUGCUCGAGUGCUGCAAAAACGACGACACCACAUGCGGAUGCCUCUCGAGCGGCUGCACAUACGAGCUGUGGAAAGAGACGCCCAGGCACAUGUGGCGCUGCCCGAAAUGCGAAGACCCGGGGGUGUGCAUCUGCCCCAGCAAUUUGCCGCAGCAGGCGGGAUGA